AUGGACCCAACACCAACAGAGAAAGCUGACUCAAAUAUCAAUUAUGAUGAUGCUAUCGAUUAUUGGACAAGCAUACCUGCUACUGUUGACGGUGUGUUAGGAGGAUAUGGUGAAGAAACCGUUGUUCCUGCCAUGGAUGUUGUAGGUUCGAACCAUUUUUUGAGAAAAUUAAAAUCAAGAAUGAUCCCUGUGGAUAAAUCACAAAUGUAUGCUAUCGAUAUGGGCGCAGGUAUUGGUAGAGUCACGAAAAAUCUAUUAGUAAAACAUUCAAAUAGAGUGGAUCUAUUAGAACCUGUCAUACCAUUCGUCGAUCAGAUGAAGGUAGAAUUAAAGCCUUUAAUGGAGGAAGGUAAGAUUGGUACUAUUUACGAUGUUGGUAUGCAAGAUUGGACUCCUCCAGCGGAUUAUAAAUAUUGGUUAAUUUGGUGUCAAUGGUGUGUUGGGCACUUACCAGAUGAAAAUUUGAUUGAAUUCUUUAAAAAAUGUAUCAGUACUUUACAACCAAACGGUACUAUUAUAGUUAAAGAAAAUAAUACCCCCAGUGAUACAGAUGACUUUGAUCCACAAGAUUCGUCAGUAACCAGAUCAGAUCAUAAAUUUAGAGAAAUCUUUGACAAGGCCGGUUUAAAAUUAAUCGCCACUGAAAGACAAAAGGGUCUUCCAAAAGAACUAUAUCCAGUUAGAAUGUAUGCCCUAAAGCCUGUUGCGCCAAAUUCGUAA